AUGGGAGCGUCGGUGCUUCUAUUUGAGGACGUGGAUGUGCUUAUAGAGGAGGAUAGGGGCUUCGUUACUCUGCUGGUGCAGCUGCUGAGUCCCUCCCGCCAGCGCAACAAACGCCCCAUCAUCCUAACUGCCAACUUCGUGUGGUGCUGUGACUGGGUUGGCUUCAUCAUCCCCUUCACCACGCCCUCCGCCCGCCAAGCGCUGCCUUUGCUGCACAAGUUAAGAGCAGUCAUACUCGUGUGUGCAAAGCUUGCGAGUGCUGUUCCUCGGUCGUGUCAUAACGAGGAGGAAGUGGGGGAGGUGGAGGAGGAGGGGGAGGAGGGGGAGGAGGGGGAGGAGGGUGGGGAGGGGGAGGAGGGGGAGGAGGGGGAGGAGGGUGGGGAGGGGGAGGAGGGGGAGAGGCACAAAGAUCAAGGGAACAGUCAAGAAAGACAUGGGGAAGGUGGAGUGGGGGUGCAUGGAUUACCCGAUUCUGAAGCGCCUCACAAGCAGAGGACGGUUGUGAGGUCAGAUGAUGAGGAGGAGGGGGAGGAGAUUCGCAGAGGACAAGGUGGAGUGAGCGGGCCUAGUUCUGGGCCGACUGAAAGGCACAAGGUUCCUGAAAGGCACAAGGUUCCUGAAGCGCCUCACAAGCAGAGGACGGUUGUGAGGUCCGAUGAUGAGGAGGAGAACGAGGAGGCGUCAGAGACGCACAGAGUGAGAGGUGUGGGAGAUAAGGAGGCUUGUAGUGAGGCAGUGGAAAGCAGUGGGGCGGCAGCAGGUGUGGCUGUAGCAGAUGCAGCAGACUUGGCUGUAGCAGAGGAGGCUGUAGCAGAGGAGGCUGUAGCAGAGGAAGCUGUAGCAGCGGAGCCUGUAGCAAAUUCGGCUGUAGCAGAGGAGGCUGUAGCGAAGUCUGUAACUGCAGUUUUGGUUGCAACAGCGGAGCCUGUAGCAGAGGAGGCUGUAGCUGAGGAGGCUGUAGCAGAGGAGGCUGUAGCUGAGGAGGCUGUAGCAGAGGAGGCUGUAGCUGAGGAGGCUGUAGCUGAGGAGGCUGUAGCAGUGGAGGACAGAGUGAGAGGAGGGUUAGGUAAGGAGGCUUGUAGUGAGGCAGUGGAAGGCAGUGGGGUGGCAGCAGGUGUGGCUGUAGCAGCUGUAGCAGACGAGGCUGUAGCAGGGGAGGCUGCAGCAGGGGAGGCUGUAGCAGAGCAGGCCAUAGCAGAGACGGCAGCGGCAGAGGGAGCUGUAGCAGAGGGGGCUGUAGCAGAGGGGGCUGUAGCAGAGGGGGCUGUAGCAAAGGGGGCUGUAGCAAAGGGGGCUGUAGCAAAGGAGUGUGUAGGAGAGGAGGCUGUAGCGAUGGGGGCUGUAGCAGACGAGGCUGUAGCAGACGAGGCUGUAGCAGAUGACAGGGUUAGAAGAGGGUUACGUGAGGAGGCUUCUAGUGAGGCAGUGAAAGGCAGUGGGGCGGCAGCAGGUGUGGCUGUAGCAGAGACGGUUGUAGCAGACGUGGGGAGGGAAGGACAAGGGGAAGCACAGGGUGGUUGUGAGAGGGGGCGAGAGGAGGGUGAGAAGGUGAGGGAGGAGGGUGAUGAGGGCAGAGAGGAGGUUGAGAAGGGGAGGGAGGAGGAAUUGGAAAAGGAGAAACAGGAAUGCGAUGAGAGGAGGGGGGGAGCCGAGAAUGGGCUGGAGGAAUGUGGUGAGGUGGAAGGGCAGGUGGAUGACGUGGCAGUUGGGAUGCAUGAGGUGGCAGUGGAAGCGGAUGAGGUGGCAGUGGAAGCGGAUGAGGUGGCAGUGGAAGCGGAUGAGGUGGCAGUGGAAGCAAAUGAGGUGGAAUUACUAACUGAUGACGUGGAGGAUGAUGAAGAUCCGUUGCUGGAGGAGCUGCUGCCACAUGGCAACACGCGAUUUGAAGAGGUGUGCUCUGCCAGCGCAGCAGACACCUGGAAGGAGCUCAAGCGCCAGGUGCCGCCUUCUGAUUGGCUAGCAGCACACAGGCCAAAUCCCGAGGCUACGACCGAGGCUCGGCAGGAGCUGGCUCUGUUGACUCGGUUGACCGAGCUGACUGCCAGGCUGGCAGAUGCUGACGUCAUCGAUGGGGUUUUGACUUGCCGGAGAGUUCCCUUAGGGCUGGAGACUGAGGUUGACUUUGACCGGGGCAAGGAGAAGACUGGUGUUGACUUUCUUGACUGGCGGGAUCCAGUCCCCUACCAUGCGAUCCUAUCCCCAUCAGCGGCAGUACAAUCCUCUCAAGUACCUUCUACUCGAGUCUGCCACUACCCUCAAGCCGUGGUGCCAAAUGCUGCUGAUGCUGCCACCACUGCCACCACUAGCAACACUGCCAAUGGUGCCGAUGCAUUGGGAGGGCAUUGGCGAUGGAACCAGGAUUAUUGUGGCAUGGAGGGGCAUUCACACGAGGACGACUGGUGCCACUUGCCUGCUUCUAUCGAAGCUGCUCUUAAAGGGGACAGCACUCCUACAGAAAGCAGUCCAGAGUGUUGCAUGAGUCAGCAGCAUACAAGAAUGAGAGCUCCCUCUACAAGGGAUUCGCGGGCGCAGUUUCUUGUGCUGCACUAUACGGCGCAAUCUCUGGCGGACUCGCUGAAAACACUGACCGACCCCAAGAAGGAGGUCAGCGCCCACUAUUUGAUUCCUGACGCGCCGGAGCGGCAGCGCAACUUCCACGUGUACAGGCUUGUGAAUGAGGAUCGGCGCGCCUGGCAUGCGGGCGUAAGUUUUUGGCGCGGGAGCCGCUUGCUCAAUCCGGGAUCGAUUGGUAUUGAAACGGUCAACCUGGGGUUUCCGGAAGCCGAUGAGUCGCUGCCCCUUAUGCAGCGUCGCUGGUACCCUUACCCUCCGGACCAGAUCGAAGUGGUCGGACGGCUGGUUCAAGAUAUUAUCGGACGCCACGAAAUCCGUCCUAUCAAUGUAGUCGGGCAUGCCGACGUGGCGCCGGGCCGCAAGUCGGAUCCCGGUCCCUUGUUUCCCUGGCGGGACCUCUUCCUGCGCUAUCAAAUCGGCGCCUGGCCGGAUGACGACCGCGUUCAGUUCUAUCAGCGCAAUUUCCCCUUCAUACUUCCGGUUGACGACCCCACCGGGCAGAGACAGGCGAUCGCCACGCUGCAAGAAAAGUUGCUGAACUUCGGUUAUGACACUCCCCAAACUGGCGAGCUGGAUGAGAAAACGUCGGCCGUGAUUGCGGCGUUUCAGAUGCAUUUCCGCCCCAGGAUUUAUGAUGGCGUGCCGGAUAAUGAAACAGUAGCUAUUCUGGAUGCGUUGCUGGACAAGUACCAGUAG